AUGCUUAAACUAAUGGCAGUGGUGGGGCUGACGGAUGGAACAUUAGCUUUGUUCUUUCUCUCUGAUUCUGUGUCCAUCCCCUUCCAGGGCAUCAGCAGCCUGUUCAGUUCUCUGAAAGUUGUGCGGCUGCUCCGUCUUGGGCGGGUGGCCCGCAAGCUGGACCAUUACAUCGAGUAUGGAGCUGCGGUACUAGUCUUGCUGGUGUGCGUGUUUGGGCUGGCUGCGCACUGGAUGGCCUGCAUCUGGUACAGCAUUGGGGACUACGAGAUCUUUGAUGAAGACACCAAGACGAUCCGGAACAACAGCUGGCUCUACCAGCUGGCGAUGGACAUCGGCACUCCAUACCAGUUCAAUGGGUCCGGCUCGGGGAAGUGGGAAGGCGGGCCCAGCAAGAAUUCUGUCUACAUCUCCUCACUGUACUUCACCAUGACCAGCCUCACCAGCGUGGGCUUCGGGAACAUCGCCCCAUCCACUGACAUUGAGAAGAUCUUCGCAGUGGCCAUAAUGAUGAUUGGCUCUCUUCUGUAUGCCACCAUCUUUGGGAAUGUGACAACCAUUUUCCAGCAGAUGUACGCCAACACCAACAGGUAUCAUGAGAUGCUCAACAGUGUGCGGGAUUUCCUGAAGCUCUACCAGGUGCCCAAAGGGCUGAGCGAGCGGGUCAUGGACUACAUUGUGUCCACCUGGUCCAUGUCUCGAGGCAUCGACACAGAAAAGGUCCUGCAGAUCUGCCCCAAGGACAUGAGAGCUGACAUUUGUGUGCACCUGAAUCGCAAAGUGUUCAAGGAACACCCCGCCUUCCGGCUGGCCAGUGAUGGCUGCCUGCGGGCCUUGGCCAUGGAGUUCCAGACAGUGCAUUGCGCCCCGGGAGACCUCAUCUAUCAUGCUGGGGAGAGUGUGGACAGCCUCUGCUUCGUGGUCUCAGGCUCCCUGGAGGUGAUCCAGGAUGACGAGGUGGUGGCCAUCCUAGGGAAAGGAGACGUGUUUGGAGAUGUGUUCUGGAAGGAAGCCACUCUUGCACAGUCCUGUGCUAAUGUUAGGGCCUUGACCUACUGUGACCUGCAUGUGAUCAAGAGGGAUGCCCUUCAGAAAGUGCUCGAGUUCUACACAGCCUUCUCCCACUCCUUCUCCCGGAACCUGAUUCUCACCUACAACCUGAGGAAGAGGAUUGUAUUCCGGAAGAUCAGCGAUGUGAAACGGGAAGAGGAGGAGCGAAUGAAACGGAAGAAUGAAGCCCCCCUCAUCCUGCCUCCUGACCACCCUGUCAGGAGGCUGUUCCAGAGGUUCCGCCAACAGAAAGAGGCCAGGCUGGCAGCAGAGCGAGGGGGCCGGGACCUGGAUGACCUGGAUGUAGAGAAGGGCAAUGCCCUCACAGACCAUACCUCAGCCAACCAUAGCCUGGUGAAGGCCAGCGUGGUCACGGUGCGUGAGAGCCCUGCCACGCCUGUGUCCUUCCAGGCGGCCUCCACCUCCACAGUGUCAGACCAUGCCAAGCUGCACGCACCAGGAUCUGAGUGCCUAGGUCCCAAGGCAGGCAGUGGCGAUUGUGCCAAGCGCAAAGGCUGGGCCCGGUUCAAAGAUGCUUGUGGGAAGGGUGAGGAUUGGAACAAGGUCUCCAAGGCAGAGUCCAUGGAGACGCUGCCCGAGAGGACAAAGGCAUCAGGAGAGGCCACGCUGAAGAAGACAGAUUCCUGUGACAGUGGCAUCACCAAGAGCGACCUUCGCCUGGACAAUGUGGGGGAGGCUAGGAGUCCCCAGGACCGGAGCCCCGUCUCGGCUGAGGUCAAGCAUUCUUUCUACCCCAUCCCUGAGCAGACGCUGCAGGCCACGGUUCUGGAAGUGAAGCAUGAGCUGAAGGAGGACAUCAAGGCCUUGAACGCCAAAAUGACUGCCAUUGAGAAGCAGCUUUCUGAGAUACUCAGGAUACUAAUGUCCAGAGGGUCUGCCCAGUCUCCUCAGGAGGUGUGUGAGAUCUCCAGGCCCCAGUCCCCAGAGUCAGAGAGAGACAUUUUUGGAGCAAGCUGAGAGGAUCAUUCAAAACAAACAAAAAAAGACAAAAGCCUGCCCCUUGCCCUCAACACCUCUCACCACACCACCCACAUGACCAACAAUUUUUAAAGUAGGCUUUUCCUGACAGGAAGUCAAAGUGGGACCAAGUAGCAUCGGUGUGGAUGUGUGGGCUCUGGAAAAUAUAAGCAGGAACAUGGCUGGGUGCCCACCCUGCAAGAUGGCAGCUGCAUCUCAACCACAGCUGAGAGUUAGGGGAGAAGGGGCACACCAUCUAUCUAAAGAGCAUUUCCUUUAAAAUGUUUUACCAAUGUGAUAUUUAUAAAAGAUUAAAACUACCAGGAAAGGGCAGCAGCCAUGUAGAGACUGGUGGAAGAGCUCCUGGAACCCCUCGAGAAUAGACCACAUUGGGCUCCUUUACCCAGCCCCCUGAAGACCACGACAGGCACAGGGAUGUCUGGGCAUUCACCACCCCUGUGUAGCCACGUCUGACCCCACCGUCUGUUUUCCUAUUCUUGUCAUUUGUAACAAACUCUCAGUAAGGGGAGAUUGAUGGACGGGAGAGCCUUCCCACUCUCAUGGCAGAGAUGGAGCUUCGAGUGCUGUGCCAUGGACCUACAGGCUCUGGGCUCCUCAGGUUUCCUUGCCCGGAAGAGGUAAGGCCAGGAUGAGCCAAGAGGGCCCUUGGCUCUGAGCAGGCUCUGUGGUGUGGUCCACAGUCUGCUCUGUGGGAUGAGUGAUGUGGAAGCUCCCAGAACCAGGUGGCCCUCUGGCGCUGCACCAUGCUAUAGGCCUCACGACGUGGGAUUCUCUGCUGCUUCUCCCACAUCCUCUUCCCAAGCUCGCCCAUGGCUUUCCUCAGGGUGUGGGACAUCGAAAGGAAGGGGCAGGCACCCAGCGUUGCUUUCCUAACAACGUAGACACACACACAACCUCAAAAAUGAUUGUAGCAAGUACUAGGUUUCUAUUUCGAUUCUCAUGGGAUUUUUGUCCAGUGCAUGGGGUCAUUAGAAGUCACGUGGGAGCCACACUUAGCCUUAUUUGAAAGCCAACCUAUUUCCUACUCUAAAAAUAAUGGCAGGACCAUGACUAUUCUCUCUUAGGGAGCUGGGGAAAAAGGAUGACGCACUGGUUUUCAAGAUGUCUCAGUGAUAAGCUGUGUCAUGUGACAGUGGAGCUGUGGUCUGGGGGAAGGUUGGGGCUCAGAGCCACGGUCACAGGGCCAUCUCUGUGGCAUCCAAGUUCCCACAUCAUGAUGCUCAGGGACACUUGCUGCCUCAGUCACUUGAGGUCACAUUGGUAGGUCUUUUCUGGAUGGCAUCGGACAGGUCAGGGAGCUGGCUCAGGUGCACACCUGGAGGGCUGCCAGGGGUGUGACCCUACCAGA